AAUAACCUGAUGUGAAGAAGAAACGUGGGCCGGGUUCAGAAAAUGGCGGCUGAGAAUGAGGCGGUGGUUUAUCGAUAUGAUGCUCCUGCGUUUCCUCCAGUGGUUUUGUCGGCGGAGGCGCCCCCAUUCUUUCCCCGAAACACCCAUGCUUGGCUUUGCCACUCGUCAGAUGCAGAGAGGCAGUUUUCCCGCUGCGCUGACAAACUACGAGCGCUCCGAGCCACGGCCGAAGGGCAGCAAAAAGACGAGUUGAACCUGCUGUUUGACCAUCUGCUGGCUGAAAACUACACUAAAACCGUCAACCCUGACAUUAACAUCCCGUCACAGGAUGUGUGUACUCUGCUCAAAAAUGCAAGUUGUCUUGUGCCUCUCAGUCAAGAACAUUUAGUAGUGAAAUUCUGUCAGCUUGUACAUCGCCUGCUUAAUCAGCUGAAGAUAAUAUUGGAUGAGCUGACUUUGACUACAUUGAUGAAUUAUGUUGUUCGCGCAUUGAAAGUGUGCAGUACAUGGACACAUCUGGAUGUCCUCCAGGCACUCUCCUCAGUUGUGUAUGGAAAUGGUUCUCAGUGCAUCUGGCAGCUCUCAGGACUUCUGGAUGAAGAUGGGAUACUGCUCAUGUAUAGUUCUCCAUCUCAACCUGAUGUGGAGUUACAGCAUGUUUCUCUUGCCUGUAUAGCCAGUAUUUGUCUCAGGAUGCCGGGUCAGCCUCCUUUGGAUGACCGGUACAGAAGUAUAUUUUUCAAAGUCUUCCUGCAAACACUGCAGUCACCCCAACCUCCUGAUAUUGACGAGCUCUUCUACUGUAAGGUGAUCCAGGCAGCACUGAAGGGACUUCAGAGCUGUGUUUUUUUUGGGAAGUGGACGUUUGGUGGAGAGGAAGAACUUGGGUCUGUUUUGGCCGUUCUCAAGAAGCUCAUGUUCCAUGGAGGUCCUGCUGGUAGUGUUGAUUGGCCGGCUGUGCUUUACCCAGCACCUCUUCCUCAGUAUGAGGGUCUUGCUCCAUCAAAACCUCCUGAACCAGCCAAACCCCCAGAAGCACAGACAGAAGCUACAGUGCCUGGCAACAUCUCAGGGAAAAAUAAAAAGAGGAAGUCCCGAGGGAAGGGGAAGAAGACAGGCAGAGUUGAGGACGGAGCAGAAGAUGAGAAGGAAGUGGUGCCGGUGCUUCAGAAGGGUGGGGUAAGAGGAGGAAGAGAGGAAUUUAGAAAUGGAGAGUCCUUAUCUAAACCCUCGGUUACAUCCUUUUACCCAUCCUGGAAACAAAGCAGUUCUGACUCUGAAAUUUCUGACCAAGAAAACACAGCUCAGAACAAAUUGAGGUACUAUCAUGGUCGUGUGCGUCAGGGAGCUCUGCAGUGUCUGCUAACUGUGUUAAAAAGCAUAGAGAAGCAGACCAUGUAUGGAUACUGGUCUUCCUUCAUCCCAGAGCCUCCUAUUGGAGGGCCACCGGCCCUUACUCUCCUCACAGUUAUACUGAAGGACCCAUCAGCCAAGGUACGUGCAUGUGCAAUUCAAGUAGUGUCAGCCAUGCUGGAGGGUUCCCGUCAAUUCCUGGCAGUGGCAGAAGAUAUGUCAACUCCUCGUGCGUCGUUCACCUCUCUGUCAUUCUCCCUGGCUACUUCCAUCCGAGAGCUACAUCGAACUCUUGGACUGGCUCUGCUGGCUGAGGCUUCUGCUCACACACUCACACAGGUCAUAAAGUGUUUGGCUUACCUGUUGGGUAACUCUCCCUAUCAUCGCCUUAAACCUGGUCUACUCAGCACACUCUUCAAACAGUUGUCUCCCUAUGUACGACACAAAGAUGCAAAUGUACGCGUAUCAGUCCUAACACUGUAUGGGGCUCUGUUGAAAAAUCAGGCCCCUCUCCCAGAGGUGGAGCAACUCCUCCAGCAGCCAGAGGGCAUCAGCAGUAAUGGCGGCGCCUGCUCUUUCACACAGCAAAACUCUGUGCUCCCAUGGAGACAAAGAGGUGCAGUUUCUUUGUCCUCACCUACACCAGUUGUACCCUCCCAACAGCAAGUUCCUGACAGACCAGGAGAGGGUGACACGGCCCCCUUGUGGCUGAUGCAGCUGUGUAUGUUGCUGGUGACUGAAACCAGGGAGGACCAGUCAAACAGUGAUGGAGGAGAAAUGGGAAGAGUUGUGCUGGAGCCUGCCCCUGUCAGAGUAGAAGCUCUACAGGUUCUUUCCAAUCUGUUGUGCGGCUACUAUUCUCUAGUCCAGCCACAUCUGACUGAGAUUGUGCAGUUGAGCACCCACUGCCUUGUAGAUGCAGACCGCUCUGUACAACUGCACAGUUCCAAGCUGCUUGAAGAGUUUGGGACAGGAAUAAUCCAGCAGUACAAAGCAAACAAUGUGCCCGAGAGCUCGAGGGUCCCCAUCGACAAAGUUGUGCAGUUGUGGUCUGAAGUUUUAAGUGGACCGUUGAAUGGAGCUUUGCAGAAUGAAAACCAUCCUAAGCUGCAGUCGAGUGCCUGUGAUGUGCUGUCCCAUAUCCUGCCAGAGGCCUUUGCACAGCUGCCUGACAAGACCCAGCUAAUGUGCAUCACUGUAUUACUGGGGCUGUUCUACAGUGAAAAUUAUAUGGUGAGGAGUGCAGCAGUCAGAGCUCUUGGAUUCUAUGUACAGUUCCCAUGUCUGCGAGAGGAUGUGAUGUUCCUUGCAGAUACAGCAAACACCAUCCUCACUGCAUUUGAUGAUCGAUCGCCAGUUGUCUGGGCCAGCGCUCACUGGUCUCUAGGCCACCUCACAGAUACUCUUGUUAUCAAUAUGGAGAAAAUGGGGAUGGACUUCCAGGAAGAAAUAUCUGACAUGUUGCUGCUAAAGAUGCUGCAGGCAGCCACUCGAGCAUCAGCUGUCCAUGAUCGGGUGAUUUGUUACACAGUCCGAGCACUGGGGAAUCUACUUUAUUUCCUGCGUGAGAGUCAGAUGACCCGGUCUGUGUUCCAGUGCCCAGUGGAGGAAGCAGUCCGCACUCUUGUGGAGUCUCUCCAUUCAGAGACGAUAAUGAAAGUGCGAUGGAACGCCUGUUACGCCCUUGGAACCGCUUUCAAAAACCCUGUGUUGCUUCAAGACGGUCAAGCCUCGUGGAUUUGUGACGCAUUUGCUGCCCUCUGUCAUGGAGUUACUUCCCAUGCUGUCUUCAAGGUGAGGAUUGGGUCUGCAGCUGCACUGGCGAAGCCUGUCCACCGCGAUUGCUACGGGGACACGACAAGGUUCAGCUGUGUGUGGCAUUCCCUGGCCACAGGGCUCGAGAAGAGUAAAGAAACAAAUGACUUCUACAGUGCUGGCCUGAGACACACACUGUCACACGCUGUUCUCCACCUGCUGAGCCUCAGUGAGUUACAGGACAUGCCUGCACUUGGGGCCUCCCUACUCGGAGAGGACAGGAGCAGAAUCGAAGAUCAUUUGAUCAGAUAUCUCAGAGAUGAAGAAGUGGCUGAGAAACCCAAAGACUGCCGGGAUGACACUUCCAACUCUCAGCAGAGAAUCCAAGUACUGCGUCAGACCUUAAUCAGACUGAAAGGGUUAAAAGGACACUCGGUGGAUCAGGGUGCUGAGGAGAAUGGUCGGGAGGUUGUGGUUGAGUUCCUGGAGGAUUUGCUGAAAAGCUGUGAAGAAUCAUGUUGAUGAAGUGUUUAUUGGUUUUUGAAAUAGAAUUUUGCAGUCAUGUUGACCUGGAAGAACACAGCAGUUAGGAGGACCAGGUGCUCAUGCUGUCUGGUUGGUCACCUUCAUUAUGAACCUUUCCUACAGUUACGUCUAAAAAUAAAUAAAGUUCCAGAAUUUACAUCUGAUAUUAAUACAACUGAUUAUUCUGCCUCGUCUUAAAGAGAUCAGCUGGAAAAAAAGGCUUCAGUGAUUCUGCAAAAUUCUCUUUUGCAAAGAUGAUGAAAAAUGUAUUCUGUACAAGGUGGUUGAGUGUUUAUAUUUCUAAAAUAUAAAAUAAACAUUUUUAUGAUUUUGA